AGAAGAAGAAGAAGAAGAGGAAAAGUGUAGUGAAGCACAGAAUGUGUCUCUACAGCAAAUGAUGUGUCUCUUUUUCAGUAAAAGUUCAAGUCUUGUUUUCACCAUCUUUAUUUAUUUCACCAUUUUACACCAUCAUUGAUAUGAUAUGUACGGUUGCCAUGGAUACAGAUGUUUUUUGUGGUUUCCUCCGGUUGUUUUGUCGAGCAAAGAGAGAACUGACCUCCAACUUGUAAAAACCUUUCAAAACCUUCAGGUUUUUGCGAGUUAAAGGACUGUGCACAGGAGUUCCUUCUUCCCUAUGGAUGGUCCUUCCUACACUCCUGUCUACAGGAAACUGAAGCACACAGAGAUGAAACCAACUCAGCCCUGCUAAGGGUUACUGUGGAUCAAACAGCCAUGAGAAAGCGCCACCCCCCCAAGGAACACCGGUUAUUCUUGUUUUUAAUCAAGAUGAUAAGUUCCACCAUCACGAUAAAAUCACAACACUGACAGAAACCAACGACUCGAUGGGAUACUCUCAGUAGCAGAUGGAAACCUAAAGACGACAGGAGAAAGCACUGGUCGCCUUUACUGAGAAGGAAAAUGGCUUCACAAUUAGAGCAGGAUCUCUCCUGUCCAGUCUGCCAUGACAUCUUUAAAGAUCCUGUUGUCCUGUCCUGUAGCCACAGCUUCUGCAGAGACUGUCUGCAGACCUGGUGGAGAGAGAAACCUGUAAAGGAGUGUCCAGUUUGUAAAAGGAAAUCAUCAAGGAGUGAUCCACCUCGUAACCUGGCAUUAAAGAACCUGUGUGAGACCUUCUUACUGGAGAGAGAUCAGAGAGCUUCAGUAAGGUCUGAGGUUCUCUGCAAACUGCACUCUAAGAAACUCAAACUCUUCUGUCUGGACCACCAGCAACCAGUGUGUGUCGUCUGCAGAGACUCUAAAACACACACCAACCACAGAUUCAGACCAACUGAUGAAGCUGCACAGGAUUUUAAAAAGGAGCUCCAAAAAACCCUGAAGCCUUUACAGAAGAAACUGAAGGUCUUUGAACGUGUUAAAGGAAACUGUGAUCAAACAGCAGAACACAUUAAAGUCCAGGCCCAACACACAGAGAGGCAGAUUAAGGAGCAGUUUAAGAAGCUUCACCAGUUUCUACAAGAGGAAGAGGAGGCCAGGAUCACUGCUCUGAGGAAGGAAGAGGAGCAGAAGAGUCAGAUGAUGAAGGAGAAGACUGAGGCUCUGAGCAGAGAGAUAGCAGCUCUUUCAGACACAAUCAGAACCACAGAGGACGAACUGAGAGCUGAAGACCUCUCAUUCCUACAGAACUACAAGGCAGCAGUGAAAAGAGUCCAGCAGCACCCCCUGCUGGAUGAUCCAGAGCUGGUGUCAGGAGCUCUGAUAGAUGUGGCCAAACACCUGGGCAACCUGACCUUCAACAUCUGGAACAAGAUGAGGGAGAUGGUCUCCUACACUCCUGUGAUUCUGGAUCCAAACACUGCUCAUCCAGAACUCAUCCUGUCUGAAGAUCUGACCAGUGUGAGACCUGGACUGAGGCAGAAGCUUCCUGAAAACCCAGAGAGGUUUGAUUCCUUCAUCUCUGUCCUGGGCUCAGAGGGCUUUGACUCAGGGACCCACAGCUGGGAUGUUGAGGUUGGACACAGUCCAGCCUGGGUUCUGGGUGUAGCAGCAGAAUCCAUCCACAGAAAGCGAAACACAGCCUUACAGUCUGGAUUAUGGAGAAUACGGUUGUAUAAGGAUAAAUACACAGCGUGUGCACUGCCAGAGCCGGACACUGCGCUCUCAGUGAAGAAACUCCAGAGAGUCCGAGUUCUUCUGGACUGGAAAGGAGGAAAACUGUCGUUCUCCAAUCCUGAUACUAACACACACAUACACACCUUCACACACACUUUUACCGGCAAGUUGUUUCCUUACUUUAACACUUACAAAGAAUUCCCACUGAAGAUAUUAGCAAGGUAGAACAGCAGAAAGCACAGCAUACAGGAGCAUGUGGUGGCCUUUUUACUUAUUGAGAUCUAUCGAUAUUUUUUAUCACUCUGUGUGCUUAAAUCCACAGAUUUAUUAGAAAAUCCAUUUGUUAAAUAAAUCUUGCUUUAUGUAUGAUCAGUUCUAAUUCAAAUCAAAUGUUCUCUGUAUUUUAUAUUGCAUUUUAAAAUUUUUAUAACUUUCAAACUCAUAGCAAAACAAGCACUGGGAAAACAACACAAACACGGAUUUCAGUUUACACUGAUCUAAUCUAAGAAAUGUGGAAGCUGAUCCUGAGUAACUGGUUACCAAACCCACGAUGGCGUGCGGAAACCCUCAUGCUGAACUCUUUGUCAGAGCAUUUUUCUGAGGUGUGUGGAUUGUACAUCGGUAGAAAAGUCAGUCCAUCCAAGACUUGGAUGUCAUGAGCAUAAUAAUCUCAAUGACUGCCUGAAGCAGCUUUGAAGCAUCAUUUCAGGGUACCGUGUAGGACAUAUGGUGCUUUAACUUUAAAGACAAAGGUCCAAGUUCUAGUGCAUAUAAAUCUGUACUGUAUGUGUUGUAUAUGAAUGAUUGCAUGGCGCAUGUAUGGGUGAUUCCUGCGUGGGAAAUGUGGGCCGGUAACAGUGAAAAUGAAUGAGAAAAUUACUGCCUGUUUUUGGUGUAUAAUAAAAUGGUGUGCAACAUGA